ACAAUGCUGAAGGAGGCCGCCCACUAGGUAAGAACGAGGGGCAAGAAAAAAUCAAAGUUUUGUAUAGCGAAAAAUACCAUGGUGCGACUGAAUGUUGCGGACAGUGGCAACUUGAGUAACAUCAGCAACGGCAACGUCGUAAGCAGCGAUAACGGUACAACCAGUGGCACCAAUAAUGCGGGCGGCAGUUGCUCAUCGACCACCUCAUCGACGACCAGCCUGAAUAGCAAUCCGGCUUCGCCCGCCGUCUGCAACAUGGUGAUGUUGCCGGCACCACCACCGCAGCAGCAGCAGCAGCAACAUUUGCUGGUGCAGCAGCAGCAACAGCCACCGCAGCAAGUGCUGCACGUGCAGCAGCCACAUGCGCAGCAGCAGCAGCAGCAACAACACUCCCCCUCGGAUGGGGGCUCCUCUAAUUGCUCGCUGCCGGCAUCUCCGCCGCUGCUCCAGCAGACUGCCACGCCGCCGCAGGGCGCUCAGAUAGUGCCGCCCGUUUGCGCCCUCCACCACCCACAGCAGCAGUUGGCCUUAAUGGCUGCAAUGCAGCAUCAUCAUCACCUGCCGCCGCCGCCGCCCCAUGCCCUGCAUCAUGCCCCAUUGCCGCCACCGCCGAAUCUACCGCCCCCUCCGCCACAUGAAAAUGGACAUGGCGGAGGUGCAGGUGCUCCAUCCCCGAAUGGAGCCGGUGGUGGUGGCGGUGGCUCAUCCGCUAGCAGCGUUAGCAGCCUGUCCAGUGGCAGCGGUGGUUCGGGCAACGGCAUUGGUCUAAGUAACGGCACGAAUGGCAUCGGUCCGCCGCCACCAGUGCCUCUGGCACCGGGACAGCUUUAUAUUCCGUAUCCGGGAGAAUUCUAUCCGCCGGAGUACUAUAUUGCACCGCAUCCGCACGAGGGAAUAUGUCCGCAGCAUCCGCAUCACCCGCAUCCGCACCAUCAUCAGCCCAUGUGCGCCAUGUCAACGGAAUACGGUCCCGCCACCGUCCAGAUGGUGUCCCAGAAUCGACCGCCGCCCCCGAUGCCGGUGCCCGUCCAGGUGCCGCAGUACGUCAACGAGAACGGAACGCUCACCCAUGUGAUGCUAUCGCCGCAGCAGUACCAGCAACUGCAUCCUGGCCAAGGACACCUCCAUCCAGCACCAUUCAUAAGUGCCAAUGGCACUUCGCAUUUUUACACCCCAGUGGCGGGCUAUCCUGGCCCAGGACCAGCGGGCAAUUACCAUUUGCCACCACCGCCGCCUCCCCAACAGCAGCAGGCGCCACCACAGCAGCAGGCCCAAGGAGCACCGCCUGGGGCAGCAGGACCAGCAGCAGGAGCGCCACCGCCAGCGGGAACAGCUGCUGCCCCGCACUCCCACACCCACAGUCACACACACACCCACAACCAUCCGCACACACAACAGCAGCAGCAGCAGCAACACAACCAAGCACACACACAUUCCCCGCACUCGCCAUCGCCGCCAAAUUACCGGGAUGAGCGAAGUCAGCGGCAGCACACGAAGCUGCUGCGAAAGCUGGAGAAGCAGAGGGAGUCAAAUCCACAAUUGUCCACGCCACCCACACACUCACCUUCGCCGCGCCGUGCCAAUGAACUGAAUGGUCACAUAACAAACAACAACAACAUUCCUUUGGGUGUGCUACCCCUGCCGGCUCACCUCAGUAACCAUCAUCAUUUGGUGGGACGCAGGAUUCCCCAACAACAACAGCAAACAGGACAUCCUGCCCAGCACAGGAACGGUAAUCCCCAGCAACAGCAGCAGCAACAGCAGCCGCCACAUCAUACCCAGCGAACCGGUAGCAGUGUGGGCGGUGCCAGCUCUGUGGGAACCUCGGACGAUGGCGAGGACAACUCCAGUUUGGCCGGCGAGGAUGAGGAGGAGGAGUACCAGGCCUCCAUUGUAGACCAAAUCUCGGCCAUUGAAAAGCCCGAGGUGAUAGAUGUAACCUCGCGGGCGGCCAAGAUCAUUUGGGAAUCGCCAGCCCUAUCGGAUGCCCUCGUUGUGGAUAUGCGACAAUUGCGCUACCAAGUUCUCCUCAGCGAUUCGGGAAAGCAGUGCAAGUACAAGAGUCUGUACAUGGGCGAGGCCUACGAGUGCAUUGUGCAGGAUCUGCAGCCGGGACAGGAUUAUCUGGUCCGGCUGCAAGUGCACUAUCAGAAACUCCAUGGGACCGUAAGCGAACCGGCAGAGUUUAGGACGCCAGCCUGCGAACCGGAUCAGCCGCCGCCCCCGAAACUGGUGUCGCGCACCAAAAACUCGAUCAACCUGCGUUGGGCCGCACCGGCAGCGAACGGAUCGAGCAUACAACACUAUCUGCUGGAGUAUGACGAGGGCAGGGCGACGACGAAUGGCAAUGGGCAGCCGCAAAAGUUCGUGGAGCUGGGCAAGAUCAAGGCCAAGCACUAUGUCAUUGGGAAACUGCAACCGACCACCGUCUAUAGCUUCCGCUUGGCGGCAGUGAAUGAGGUGGGUCAGAGUCCCUACUCCCCGAUAGCCAGCUACAGCACCUCCGGGAAUCCACCGCCUGUGCCCAGGCCACCGCAGUUGCUGGCCAAUAGUUCCAGUUCGCUGAAGUUAGGCUGGGAGCGACGUGCGCAGGAUGGCGACUUCCUGCUGCAGAUGCAGGACCCAGAAUCGGGCCACGGCUACCUGAACACCUACAAGGGCACAGAGCUGCAGACGGAGUGCCUGCAACUGAGGCGAGCUAGCAGCUAUCAGUUCCGUUUGCGAUCCGAGAACGAGGCCGGUGUGUCGCCCUGGUCAAUGGAGAUCAUCUACCGAACGCUGGCGGAGCGACCUGGCCGGCCGGGAAAACCCCAGGCCAAGGGCAAGAUCCAUGGGACACAUUUCAAGGCCCGAUGGGAUGCUCCAAGCGAUUCAGGCGGUGAGGAGAUCCUUCGCUAUCACCUCGAGCUGAGUGCAGCGGGACCGGUGUUCGAGAGGAUCUACACGGGCAGCAAAACGGAGGCCAUGUGCGAACGCCUGCAGCCGGGAACAACCUAUGCCCUGCGUGCCUGUUGCGAGGGACCGGCGGGACAGAGUCCCUACUCUGACAUUGGACACGUGACCACGGAGGCAGUGCCACCGUCGGCACCGCCACCGCCCCAGUGCAGUGAUCCACCUUCGUCCUACGCCGCCCUCCUGAAGCUCCAGCAUCCGGAGUACAAUGGCGGGGCUCCGGUCUUGGAGUUUGAGGCCCAGAUGCGACGCCUGGAGCAAGUGCAGCCACCGCAGGUGGUCUACCGCGGCAAGCAGGCCUAUUUUGUGGCUCAAGACCUGAUCCCGGGCAGCAUGUACGAGGCCCAAGUGCGAGCCAUCAAUCGAAUUGGAGCCGGAAACUGGUCGCAGUGGAUGAGAUUCACGGCGGCCGCAGCGGCGCCCGGUGUGCCCGAGGAACUACGCGUGCUGGUGAAGUCAGCCACCCAUCUCAGUGUUAGCUGGCAGCCUCCACUGCAGGACAAUGGAGCGGCGGUGACCAGCUACACGCUGAAGAGUGCCAGCCAGGAGAGAAGGGACGAGGACCAGGAGCAGGACAUUAAGGAGCCACCGAGCACCGAGUUCCACAACUGCUAUCAGGGUGCAAUGACCAGCGCGGAGCUGAGGAACCUCUCACCCUACACGCGCUACCAUUUCCGCAUUCUGGCGACCAAUGCCGCCGGAACGGGCAACUCCUCCGACGUGAUAAGCGUAUGCACGCCAGCCGCCGUUCCGGGAGCACCGCAGAUGCAGGGUUACGAAUUCACCGCCCAAGAGGUGACCCUCAAUUGGACGCAACCGACGGCCCAUGGAUCACCCAUUUGCUCCUACAACAUUGAGUACGGUGAGCGGACCAUUGCCACUCCGGAUGCCUGCACGCGGUACACGGUGAGUGGUUUGUCGCCCGAAACGGGCUACAAGUUCCGCGUCCAGGCGGUCAACGCCAUCGGAGCGGGUGCCUUUAGUGCCUAUGCCAAGCUGACAACACAGCCGGCACCGCCAGCGCCACCGCGUCUCGAAUGCAGCGGCGCCGGACAUAACUACAUCAAGCUGAAGUGGGGAGAGAACCCCAGCGGUAAGCUGGGCAACGGUGGAUCCUCCUCGUCGGGCAAUGGCAACAAUAGUGGUGAUUUCACCAAAUACUUUGUGGAGAUGUAUGUGGCCAGGGCCAAGCAAUUCCAGUCCGUCUAUGCCGGCACCAAUUGCAUGUGCAAGGUGCACAAACUGCAGGAGCGCAGUAGCUACACUUUCCGCAUCUAUGCCCACACGGAUCGUGCUGGCGAUGGUGACUACUCGGAGGAAUAUGUCUUUGAGACAUCGGCCACGCUGCCGGCAAACAUCACACCACGGGUGGUCCAAGAGGGAAGUGUGUGCCUGAUGGACCUACCAGGACAACUGGGCAUGCAGCUAACGCUGGAGUGGCAGCACUCGAAGAACUCCUUCCACGAUCGCGUGGAGUACGAGUUGCAGUACGCAGUACUGGGCGCCUCCGACCUGGAGGGUGAUUCCCUCCCCAAGGGACGCAGCAGCAGUUCCAGUGGCAGCUCCAGCGGAGCUCCAGUUAAUUUGGCCAACCAGGACUACAGGCAGUUGUAUCGCGGACCGGAGACCAAGUUCACCAUUGACAAUUUGGCCGCUGGCACUGUUACCAUUCGUGUGUGUCCCGUAAGGAUAGCGGCCGGCGGGGAGCUCCUUUAUGGCCAGCCAUCGAGUCCGUUGCGCUACCAGGUGCCCAGUGAGUUGGAUCCCAGUUCGGCGACCUGUCACCACCACCUACAUGGAUCCACAGCACCAGUGGUUGCCAGUCAGAGGAGCAGCAGGAAACUAUCGGCGGGCAAUGGAUCGGCCAAUGGCCUGCAUAUGAGAUCGGUGAGUGCCUCGGCGAUUAGUGGGGCAAGCGGCGUGGGAGCGGAUCCCGUGGCCAUUGGGUUGCAGCAGGAAUUGUCCGGUUUCAAUGCAUGUGCGGAUCCCCUGCAUCAUCAUCAUCAUCAUCACCAUCACCAUCAUCAGCAGUGCAGCGGCGGCGGCGGCGGCGGCGGCGGUGGUGCUGCCGGAGGAGCAGGACUAAGUGGUGGCGGGGCCACGGAUUUGCAUCAUCAGCAUCAGCAUCAUAUGCAUCACUCGCAUCACAUGCAUCAUGCCCAUCAUCCGCAUACCGGCGGCUUGGCCUUGGGUGCCACCUCCUUGAGCGCCGCUGCCUCCUCCUUUUCCUCCUCCUCGUCGUCAACGGCGGCAGCGGCGGCAUCGGCCAUCUCAUCCAGUCUGGCCCAUUCCGGUGGAUUGCGUCGUAUUGUUAGCAAACUGACAUCGCUGUACUCGAACCGGAAGCGCCUGACUGAGCAGAAGGCCGUGUGCAUUGUGGUCUCCUUUCUGGUGGGCACUUUUCUGGUCGCCAUGCUCGUCAACAUGCUGAGGGGUUAAGAGGACACCGCCACCACAUCAUCAUCGUCAUGCAUUGCAGGCAAGGAUCCACAAAAAUAGAAAAACAGGAGAAAAGUUAAAAAAAAAUUAUAUAUAUAACGAGAAAAAAACUACAAAAAAACACACUUUAUCAGGGAUGCCACAGAAAUCGCUAUUGAUUUUUAAAAACAAUUUUAAAAGACUUUCAAAAGUAGGCCAUAAAAUCCAUUUUAUAUCCCAAAUUUAUUGUAAAUUUGUUAGGCAUUUUGUGACCUAUUUUUGAAUAUCCUUUUUCCGAAUUAAUUUUUUAAAUCUGAAGCGGUCUUUGUGGCCUUCCUGUCUGUCUCAAAGAAGUGAUUUCAACAAAACCCCAUUAGUUUGUAAUUAUGUAUUUUUUAUAUAUAUAAUAUGUAACAGAAUCAACAAAACAAA